AAUGCUCCACGCUCCCCUCACUUGUAUCCACCAAAAUAAUUCUGAUAAGCACCGACAAUCUUCACGAUAAACCGGUUCUCGUCAGCUGUUAACCUGCUCCAGACAGCAUAAACACAAGAAUUUUACGGUUAUAGUAAGGAACGGAUCUUCGAAAUCUUGGCACACUGCGGGUGAUCUACUUUCCCCAACGGUACUUAGUCAUUUACUGGUGCUCGUCAUGGCUAGCCCAGAAGCGGAGAACAGCUCUCCGAUCGUGAAUUUGAUAGACUUGGGUGCAUUGCAAGGUUCCACUGGUAAGAGUGCCUGGACGGGGCGCAAGUUCUUUCAAUUCCUGGGCGUACAUUACGCCCAGUCCACUGCCGGUCAAAACAGGUUUAAGCCUCCAAAGAAAGUCGCCCCAUGGCAAGGGAUCAAAGAUGCGACACGUCACGGGAUGCCUUGCCCGCAGAUGAAGCUUAUCUCUCAGUUCACCGGGAAAGCGUUCGUCGGCGAUGCGGAAGAUUGCUUGACUGUGUCGAUCUACAGCUCGGAUCUCGCAGCCCGCCGACCGGUGAUGGUGUUUAUCCACGGUGGAGGCUUCCAUGAGGGCAGUGCCAAGAACCAAACGGCCGAAUAUCUGAUGGAGCGCGAUGUCGUACUGGUGACGGUACAGUAUCGACUCGGUCCGUUAGGAUUUCUGUCCACCAAAUCGCACGACAUUCCGGGCAAUGCGGGUAUUAUGGAUUUAACGCUAGCCCUCGAAUGGUUACAGGAGCACAUCGAUCGUUUCGGUGGUGAUCCCAACAAUGUUACGCUGUUUGGACAGUCGGCCGGUGCGGCCGCCAUUUCGGCACUGCUGUACAGCCCCAAAGUGUCGGACGGUUUGUUCCACAAGGUGAUACUACAAUCGGCCGGAUCGGCAUCGCCCUGGGUGUGGGAUAAGGAUCCGAUCGGCAGUGCUACCGCGAUCGCGAUCAAUGCAGGUCUACACGACGACGCUACACCCGACGAGAUUGAGGAAUAUCUGCAGCAGUUAGACGUUUGGACGUUGCUGCGUAGCUUCAUUGAGCUGAAGGUGAAGAGAAGCAUCUCGGAAGGGUUGGACCAUGUCGGUGGGAAUCGUCUGGUGACGGGCGAUGGGUACCGCUUCCUACCGCAAACGCCCUGGGAAUGUAUGAAGCAGGGCAAGAUCCGGAAGAACAUUCCCAUGAUGGCCGGUGUGACCAAGCACGAGGGGACGUUUCUGCUCACCUCCGUGUACGAUCAUUUCAAGCGCACCGGCCAGCUGGAUGAUGCGAAUUUCGUGCGGUAUUUCCUUGUGGACGAAGUGAACAAGUUUUUAGGGGCUGCCGAUCCUACCGGUGCAUUGGGCGGGUACGAGAUGCGUACCUUGUUCACGGGAAGUGAGCUGGAAAGUGGGGAUUUCGGUGAGCUAGCAGAUGGAUUGAUCGAUUUGGCAGGUACCAUACUGAUAAAAGCACCACUGUUGCGCGAAGCACAGGCAAACGCUCGAGUGAACCCCAAUUCGACGUUCCUUUAUUCGUUCGAUUAUGUUGGCGAACAUACGCGGUUUGGGUAUGGUAGCGAUACGUCUCACUAUCCGUUCGACGGUGGAGUUCAUCAUUCAAACGACAAGACGUACCUGUUUCCCUAUCCACCGGGAGAGCCGGCAACGCUGAACGAAAGGGAUACCGCCAUGGCAAAGCUGAUGGUUGAUCUGUGGACGUCGUUCGCCGCGGAAGGUGUUCCAAGGUCGGAGCGUCUCACCGUUCCGUGGAAUCCGAUGAAACACUAUGCCGGCCCGUACUUACACAUCAACGAUCCGCAGAGCGUUGGAGGCAAUUUUUACGACGAAUUUACCGUGUCAAGCGAUGAGAAACGGCGACGGCUCAAGGAGCGCGUGUAGUACAGUUUAAAGUAACACUAAAAUCACCUACAUCCAGCACAUCACAACUCGGAGGGUUAAAGGUAUGGCAGCUUUGCUGCAUUUGGGAACACAAAAAUACAGAAUGCUUAUAAUUUA